CUACCGGUCAGUGGCGAGGCCACAUCAGUCUUUCAGUCUCCACGACAAAGAACAAACCUCCUUCACAUCAACACAGACUUCUCCAGAAAAUCUGAAAGACUCGUGCAGUCCAGCCAGGAGACGCCAAAUUGUAGUGGACAUUUUACAACACUCGCAGACUCGUCCUCUGAAGGGAACAAUGAUGGGAUUUAAAGGAGCCAUGAAAACGUUUUCAAAGAAACUAGGAUUUAUAAGCAGUGGCUCAAAGGCUGUAGAAGCUGAACUUGAGAAAUUAAAGAAGGAAAAUGCCCAGCUGAGGAUGACUUUGGAGGACAUGUCGAAACAAAAUGGAAGGCUUUAUCCUGCAUAUCCUGAGUCAGAUGAAGCCAAGCUGCUGGAGGUUCCUUCAGAUGAGAUCGCCAUUCUCAAGGAGCAACUGCGAGAUGCUCAGGAAAAAAAUCAGAAAUGGAAAGUUUAUGACCAUGAGAGAGAGUCCUGUAUGCAGUGGAAUCUGGCCAGACGUAUAGAGCUCGAGCAGCAGUUAAACCAAGCCCAGCGAACACUAGAACAACAGCAGGAAGAGACCAAAUCAGAAGGUCAGUCACCUGCCUCCAUGCAGCAGGAGAAGCAGCUGCAGGAGAGCCCGAGGGAGAUGGAGGAGGAACGCAAAAGGGCGAGCCGCCUACAGGUCGAGUUGGUGGCGCUGAAAGCCAAGUAUGAAGAGAAGAGCCGUGAGGUGGUGCGAGUCCAGGAGGAACUGCAAGUGGAGCGUAGAAGUUGGCGACAAACUUUAGCUUUACGGCAUGAAGAUCAGAAAAGAAUGGCUGAUUUAGAGCAACAGGUCCAAUCGUCUGCUAGAGACUUUGAGAACGAGAAACAGGACCGACAAAGUCUACAGCACCUGCUCCACAAAGUGCUGAAGGAGCUUCGCAAGGCUAGAGACCAAAUCACACGCUUGGAGUCGGCAGAAAUCCACGUUCACCAAAGUAUCACUUUUAAAAAAAAGAAACUGCAGCGAGAAACUCGGUUCUCUGAGCCAAGCUCAUGCACCAGGCUGGAUUUGGAUAAGGCGACCAAUCAGGACCGUAUCCUGAACCCCACAUCUCCAUUAAAGAGCUCCAACACGUUGGAUGAGCGCUUUCUGGACUGUCCCAUCUGCAGCGCCUCAUACCCUGUCAGCCAGCACAGAAAGCUCCUUGAACACAUUGACUACUGCUUUAAUUAAGGGAUUAGGGCUUGAUAUUGCUUAUAUUUUCCAUUUUUCCUCUUUUUUAUGUCUUUUUAUAUUUUUGUAUUCCAAAUCAAAUUUCCACUGUUUUUUCAUUUAGUUUUGGAUUAAUCAAUGGUGUGCUUGAUCGGCUUUUGAGUAUUUGCAAAGGUACUGCCUUUCCAUCAAUGUGGAGCAUAUUUAAAGUAAAUUUUAACUCCUGUUCGUUCUGGUUGGGUAACUGUAAUGUGCCCAAGUGGCAACUUUUCUUCCCUAGUAUUACCUCAAAGGUGUUGAAGUGGCACAGGAUAGACUCACUUUCAGUAAUCUGUCCUGAUGCUGGAAAUCAGAACUGUCUUGAAUUAGGCUGCAUGUGUGUAAAUCCUUGUAUUAGACCGAAUAAUGAAAACAAAGCAAACCAUCCAAAAUCACUGAGCAAACUCGUGGUCAAGAAACCGGCAAAAGACAGACGGUCAGCAAACAGGACAAACUAGGUCAGGCCAUAAACACGGGAACUUUGGACAGAAACAGGAUCAAACGAGGAAUGACACACAAAGUGAAAACACGGCUUGGUAAUGUCACAACACAUGUUAAGCUGAGCUUAUACUUUGCAAAGAAUGAAUGAAAUUCCACUGCAGUGGAAAAACAUAAUGCUGAGGAUGAGAAGAAGCUUUUAGUUACAGUAGUACUGUGUACUGCAUGAAUCCUAAGUGCACACCAAACAGCUUUCAAAAUGACUCCUGUACCAAUCACAGUACAGAUCUUUUCUUUUAUAUCCAUUUUAUGUUACAGUAGUGCAGACAGAACAAAUGGCACUUAAUCAAAAGGAUAUUGUUAGUAAAAGUUAGAAAAAAAUCUGUUUACACAUCAAUACACUAUAUGUUCAAAAGUAUGUGGACGCCUGACCAUCACACCCAUAUGGCCUUCCCCAAACUGUAGCCGCAAAGUUGGAAGCACACAACUGUCUAAAAUGUCUUUGUAUGAAGUAGCAUUACAAUUUCCCUUCACUGGAACUAAGGGGCCCUCUCAGGGCCCUCUCAUCCAACACCAGUGCCUAACCUCUUGCAUUCUUGUGGCUGAAUGGGCAAAUCCCCACAGCCCCAGUCCAAAAUCUAGUGAAAAGUAUUUCCAGAAGAGUGGAGUUAUAGGAGUGAAGGGGAGACCACAUCUAUAUUAAUGCCUACGUUUUUAGAAUGGGAUGUUCAAAACUCAGGUGUCCACAUACUUUUGGUCAUACCAUGUACAUUCUAAAAAAAAAAGAGCUUAUCCUGUUUGUGUUCCAUAAUCAAUGCUUUUAUGCUUGUAAUAAUAAUAAUUUAGUCAUUCUAUUUAUAUUAUAAUGUUGUUGAAUUCUUAAAUCUGACUGGUCAGGAGGUGUUCAUCAGUUUUCUAAUGCCUCGUGAUAACAGGACUUAACUGCCACAACAUUAAGCAGAACUAUAAACUGAUUUUUAAAAAGCAUGCCGAGUUAUUGUUUACUUCAUUUGAAAAAAUAUUGUCAAAUGACUGUGUUAUAAGAGUAUAAAACACUUUGGGAUGUGCUGUUAUAAGAAAAGAAUCUGCUUAGGGGUUGUAACCAAAUCACACCAUGAAGAUUUCCUAUGGAAAUAACACAGCCUAGUAUGUUUUAGUCCUUAGAUAUCACGCUGGCCUUAUUUAAUUUGAUAUUGCCUCGAUACCACUUCACAAGCAAGAGCUGUGUAGGCUAACAUUUAGCCUAUUAUUUAUUUGAUGUUUUCCGAAUUUGUGUCCAUGUGACUUUCUACUGUGUUUAGGGGUUUAAAGCUAUGAUUAAUUGGAUUUAGCAGCCAUCAAGAGUAACUUACUAUAAUUUACAGGGCAAAGCGAAAAAAGAAAACUCAAAAUAAAACAAGAUAUCUAGAGCAAUCAUCUUGUAUUCCAAAACAGAUGAUAG